CCGAUCCUGACGCAUCAUGUAGCACUGUACUUGUGAUGUCUGCACUCUAAAGGUAUCUGAGGAAACGAAACAGACGGUGCCAAAAUAUACCCACAACCUUUGUCUCGACACCUCCAACUAGGAUCAUUGCGUGCGCGAUCAACACCUUCAGUCGAGGAAUUGCUAGGUGUGUAUGAGAACAUCAUGUUUUAAUUAGUCUUCAUAUGUGAUUCCGACUCUUUCAUCAUCUGUGAUGUAAUGUAGUCAUGUUGUACAGCCAUGCAGCCCUCGGCGUUUCCAGGUGAGACAUGUACCCGGUGAGCUGUAGAUGCGGCACGCAUUACCGUGCACGGUUGAUGUCACGUCUACAGGCUACAUACCAACAAAUAGUACUGGUAACAGUUGAUUUGGGACAGUAAGCUUGAUGGAGGGUUGACUAUCAUACACACGGUACCAAUGGAGCUGAAGUAUGCUAGAAACUAGCAUAAAACCGUGUUAUUUUAUGGAUGGAAGCCUGUGUCUGGCAUUGACUAAUACACCGUGACGUUUAAUGGAUAAACCGAUAAAGAUGGUCCCUGGCAACAUCAUAACAACUGCGCGAUGUGUUUUGGAACUUUUUUAAUGAAUGGAUAAAUACCGAUCUGAACGGGGUCAUUCCUGAAAUAUAAUAAACAAGACGUACCACAGAAGAAAAAAAUGUCCUCGAACGUUGCUAAAAUAAAAAUUGCAGAAAUGUUUGACAAACCUAAGCAUUUCUUGCUGAAGAGUGAGGUCCACUCUGAACCAGAAGAUUUUGUUGAUUCGGAUUUAGAUGAAGAUGACGUUGAUAUACGUUUUUAUGUAAGAAGAAAUGAAAUCACCAAAGAGAGAUUUGAUGAAUCAUUCCUAGAACAACCGGACCCCGACUUUAUGAUGCCAUCAUGUGUCCGGGAAAUCCUCAGGUCAGAAGGGCUGUCCAGUAACGUCAUUGACAAGGCCAUCUGGGUCGGGGAGAAACGUCAUCGUCUCGCCAUGCAUCUCACUGUGCAACAGGAAAAAAAAUGCCAGCGUUCAAAUGAUGGACGGAAGAACGGGAAGAAAUCAGUGAACUCCUUACAACUGCCGCGCCUUGACGCAUGUGAUGGCUCCCAUCUUCUGAGUGCGUCCGACCACUCCCUGAUUUGCCAGGACUGCCGUGACGUUUCGGCCCGUCAAAGGAGGCGACACGAGAGGGCACGUCCCUGGCAAGACGUUUCCCCUAGCCGCCAAGACAUGUCGGAUACUGAAAGUUCCUCCAAGUCGAAAGAACAAAAGUUUGAGAAGGUGACGUUUUGCCUCACGGAAGCAGAGACGACACAAUGGAUGUCAGCCCAGCAAACAGAGCGAAGUUUAGUUGGCAGUGCGUACGAACCCCCUCGUCUGGUGCUUGUGUCAUCAAAAAUGUCUAAAUGCCAAUACCUACCGAAGGUGCUCUUAGAGGAUAAGAAUAUCCUACAUGUUAUAUAUGAUUUUGACACGUGGUCUUUUUGUGAUAUUAUAAAUGCAGUAGAGAAAAAACUGUCCAGCGUGAAGCCUGGCUGUAAAGCAAAAUCGAUCCUUAUAUUAUGUCAGGGUGGACCGGGAUACUUGUAUAUACUUCGGAAAUUCGUCAUAACACCGCAGAAACUGAAAAAGGAAUCGUACAAGAGUGUGAGGGAGUUUUGGAAGGAAAUAAGCAAUAUGGUUAGCAAAAUAAAUCCAGAGGAUUCCAAAGUCCACAUUUGUGGGUGUGACUUGUCAUCUGGACCCCAGGGGUAUGAGGUCAUGAAUAUACUCCAACGACUGAUCCAUCACAAUAUGGUUCACAUAGAAGACGCUGUCAGUGAUACACCAGAAGGACACGAAAUAGUGACACUGUACUUUAAUAAGAGACGAUACGAUCUGUGGCGGUCGAAACAAGAUGACAGUGACGAUGAAAUAGACUUUAAUGUGUUAGACGAUAAAGAUGAGGAGACUGAAAGUGAAGUGAGGACGUGGUCGGCCCUGGCCGCCGAUGUCAAUGACUCGGAUGAAGGAUGAUGUUACCUAUAAUUAUUGUUUCAAUAAAUUAUAUGAUGUUCUA